UUCAUGCAAAAGCGAAGGGGAGAGGAGGCGAAGGCGGGACUGGCCUUGGCUUGAAAUGUAUCUGAAUACUGAAGCUUUCAAAAAUACAACCUGUAGUACCAAUUUGCCUGUUGUUGCUGAUAUGUGUUUAAGAUUAGUGGGAUUGGUGAAAAUUCCUCUGACCCAGCCCAUGCAGAGUCAAGGAAACGCAAGGAAUGUCCUGAUCAACUUGGACCCGGUCCUAAGAGAAGCACUGAGAAAUGUACAUAGAAGAGCUUGCAGAACUGAUUUUUGCUAUUUUUAAUGAUAUUGACAACUUUAACUUCAAACUUGACAAAUGUGCAAUUUUGAAAGAAACUGUGAAGCAGAUUCGUCAAAUAAAAGAACAAGAAAAAGCAACAGCAGCCAAUGAAGAUGAAGUGCAGAAAUCUGAUGUGUCAUCUACAGGUCAGAGUGUUAUUGAUAAGGAUGCACUUGGGCCAAUGAUGCUUGAGGCCCUUGAUGGGUUCUUCUUCAUAAUGAAUCUGGAAGGUUAUGUGGUGUUUGUGUCGAAGAAUGUGACACAGUACUUAAGGUACAACCAAGAAGAGCUGAUGAAGACAAGUGUAUACAUCCUGCAUGUAGUGGACCACAAUGAAUUUGUCAGAAACCUGCUGCCCAAAUCUUUAGUGAAUGGGGGACCUUGGUCUGGUGAAGCUCCUUGGCGUAACAGCCAUAUCUUUAAUUGCCGGAUAUUGGUAAAGCCUUUAACUGAUUCUGAAGAAGAAGACCAUGACAACCAGGAAGGACAUCAGAAAUACGAAACUAUGCAGGGCUUUGCUGUUUCUCAACCAAAGUCCAUCAAGGAAGAAGGUGAAGAUUUGCAGUAUUGCUUGAUUUGCAUGGCAAGAAGAGUUCCAAUGAAGGAAAGGCCACUGCUGUCAUCAGAGACAUUUAGUACUCAUCAGGAUUUGCAAGGCAAGAUAAAUCACUGGACACUGCCCUGGAACUGGAAUCAACUACCAAACUUGCAAAUUUUGAGUUUUGUGUGUUUGUUUGUUUGUUUUGUUCUGUUAGAAAUGUAAUACAAUUGACUGGUUGCCCUGACACGACAAAUAAAGUAGCUAUGAAGCCUGGUUGGGAAGGUGUU